CACCCUCCGCCGUGAGGGAAGGGCUCGGCCUGGCCCCGUCCGCGGCAGGGCUGGUCCUGGGCCCGGCCGCGCCCCUCGCUCCGCCCCUCUCAGGUAAUCAGGUGGAACGGGUCGUGAGUGUGGACGGAGUGGCGGCGGCUGGAGUGCGGUGAGAUGGUUGCACGCCGUGGGUUGUGCCUGCUGCUGUUCUAUGCGCUGCUGGGAGCUGCCGCCACUGCUGAAGAGAAUGAUCGCUCCAGCAAAACAAAAGGAAGAAGUUUCAUUGGCCAUAAGGUUCAAAAUGCAAAUAAUUCUGAAGAGUUGUACGAGGUGGAUGAAUUUGUAGCAGAAGUCCUCACAGGAAAGCUGACUACAGUUUUUAUUCCCAUUGUUUAUAUAUUUGUCUUUAUAAUCGGUUUGCCAAGCAAUGCCUUGGCCCUCUGGGUCUUUUUUUUCCGAACAAAGAAGAAACAUCCGGCUGUGAUUUAUAUGGUUAACUUGGCAUUGGCAGACCUUCUUUUUGUUGUCUGGUUCCCACUGAAGAUUUCAUACCAUCUAAAUGGCAAUAACUGGCUAUUUGGUGAAGGUCUCUGUAAAGUAUUUGUUGGCUUUUUCUAUGGAAAUAUGUACUGUUCCAUCCUCUUCAUGACAUGUCUCAGUGUACAACGGUAUUGGGUUGUAGUGAACCCCAUAGUGCAUUCAAAAAAGAAAUCAGAAAUUGCUUUGGGCAUCUCCAUUGCUAUCUGGAUACUGAUUUUGUUGGGCACCAUACCAUUGUAUCUUGUUAAUCAGACAGCAUAUAUUUCAAAUCUUAACAUCACAACCUGCCAUGAUGUGUUGCCUGAAAUUGUUUCGGCUCAUGACAUGUUCAGUUACUUCCUCUCACUUGCAACUGGACUCUUCUUAAUCCCAGCUAUCAUCACUGCUGUUGCAUACAUUCUAAUGAUUAAGACCCUGAGUGCUUCCAUCAUAGAUGUAAGCACUGGGAAGAAACGAAAAAGAGCAGUCAAACUCAUUAUUGUUGUCCUGUCCAUGUAUCUCAUCUGUUUUACACCUAGCAAUGUGCUGAUUAUUGUACACUAUUCACUCCUCAAAGCCUACAGCCAGAGCCAUCUGUAUGUGUGGUACAUAACUGCACUGUGUCUUUCCAUUUUGAAUAGUUGUAUUGAUCCAUUCAUCUAUUAUUAUAUUUCAAAAGACUUCAGAGACAACCUUAAAUACGCUCUUCUUUGCCGAAGUGUGCGAACUACACAGAGGAUGCAAGUGUCUCUCUCAUCAAGCAGGUACCCGAAGAAAUCAAAUUCUUAUUCUUCAAACUCAAGUAGGACCAAUAAAUCAACCUACUGAGUUUAAUCUUAGGAAAAUGAACUUUUGUUAUUACUGGUGAAAGGAUAUGAGUGACAAUAGACUUAUUUUGUACAAGAGAGUCUGAAGAAACACUUUUGCAUUUUAAUUAUAUCGAAGUCUGGAAUUUGGAACUGACAGUUGUUCUGUGUAGAAAUCAUAAGCAGAUAAAUCUUCCUGGGGAAAAAAAAGAAGACAUUUCAGAUGUUGUGCAAAAAUGCUGCUGACCUAGAAGUGAGGCUGAAGACAUUCUUGUUGAAUAUAAAAGUUGGUAAAAAGCAAAAUUUCUCUGGAAUAUUGUGCAGUUUUUUUAGUAUUUUUAAUUACCAGAAAAUCUUUUUUGUUUAACAGCAACUGUAAUGUAUUAAGCAUCUGAACAGGUUUUGUGUAUAGGACCUUGCUCUGUGUACCUGCUUACACUGAACAUCAUUUGAAGCUGUAGAGAGAAGUAGAGGAGAAUCCAUUUCACCCUCUUGGAUUAGACUGCUUAUUAUCUUUGGUAUAAUAUAAUUUAUGUAUUGUUUUCCAUGUUACUGUGCUGUAAAUACUAACAUAGCAAAAACCUAUAAUGUUAUCCUGUUUGAGUUGACAAGCUGAUCUUAUCAGUUAGUGCUGGGAUAAAAUGUUAGUUGCGAUUAUCCACUGUUACUUAACAUUUGCCAGUACACGAUCUUAUAUGGGGAUAUACAACAAAGUUUUGAUUGAUAGCUAUUUGAUUUUAUAAAAUGUGCCUUGUAUUUUUUAAGACAUCUAAAUAAGAUUUUUUUUUUAUAACA